UUUCUUUGCUUUGUGUCGAUGAUUUUAUUUGUUUCUUUCCUGUGUUAUUUUUAACAGAAAAGAUUGCAACAUCAGGAAAUAUAUGGCAAUGCAUUUCUGAGUGACAAUAUAUAUGAAAACCAUGUUUUCUGAAAUGCUUUGUGGAUAAGGAAAAUAAUAUACUGAUAUGUUUUUGUAUGUUUUGAAGUGCAUGUAACGGAAAAUAGUAUUUUUAAAAUAAAUGCAUUCCAUAUAAAUAAAUACUGAUAAAGCAUAUGACGAACGAAAAUACGGAAAAACCUCAUAUGAACAAGGAAAUCAGACUCAGUGCCUGUACGUAAUAUGUAAACACAGCUGAUAUAUUUUCUCUUCAUGCACAGAGAUUUACAACUGGUUGCGUUGUUUUUAAUUUUAAAUUACCAUUUGUGAUUACACUAUGUUGCACUCGAUGAUCUUUAAAAACUUCGUCCACUAUCAUGAAUACCAGUCAUUAGAAUUCAAUACAGGAUUUAAUCUUAUCAUUGGAAGCAAUAGUAGUGGCAAGUCUGUAAUCUUCGAAAUCAUCCGCCGUUGUUUAUCCACUAAAAAGAGUGCAACCAUUACCUCUACCUAUGGCGAAAGUAAAGUGUCAUUCGCUGUAUGUAGGUAUAUCAAUGUGUCUGCAGAAUACAAUACAAUGCUGUCUGGAAUAUACAAGCAAGUGGGGGACAGCCCUAAGCAAACAACCUAUGUAAAAUUUGUCAUAUUUCAAUCCAGUGAAAAGCAAUAUAUAUGUUGUGCCAAUAAGUUCGCUUGCAAAGAAAUGAAUAUUUUAUCGGAAGAUACGAUGAUGUCAUCAGAAAAUGUAUACGUCACUGAAGAGAAAACACCGAAAAUUUACAACUUUUUGAAAGACGGGAUAGUUCCAAUUGAAAAAGAUGCAGAUGCUGUUGAAAGAGAGAUCAUCGUUUUAUACAAAGAAUGCGACUUUAAGAGCAAAAAGGAGAGCGAAUGCCAAUGUAAACUAGCAAUGCUGGACGAUAGAUACGUGGCUACCUUUCCCAUGCGAUCCAUUGGCCCAUCACAAUGGACUGAAAGUGACAGAGUCGAUGCAAGACUGCAUAGGGAAAAUGAAAUAAUAACAAAUGAAAGAGCAGAGAUUAUUCACUUUCUAUUUGAGAAAGGCAUGAAAGGUUUUGAUAAACACGUAUUUGAAGAAACACUUUGGAAACUCACACAUCCAAAAAAAAAUACAAACUUAGCCUAGAGGAAAUUAAAGAAGGUGAUAGUGCAUCAAAAUCAAAAACGUUAAUUAAAAUUAACGGCAAAAGUUUAACUAGAUGCUGUCAUGAGAC